AUGGGUCUUUGGUUCUCUAAACACGAAGGCUUGGAGUUUUCAGUGCUUCCUUCAACCGAGGUUUCUGGUCCUUUGGGUCUCGGUGAUCCGGAUUCCACUGAAUUGAACAGUGUAGAGCUAGAGACUAUGAUCCCAGCACUAAUGAACGAUGAGUCGCGUACAAAGCAUUGUGUCAAACUGUGGGAUAAUUGGAAUGCCUGUCAACGAGAAUAUCAAUGGUCUGCUGUGUUACUCUGUCGAAAUUUGUUCUUUGACGCGCUUGAGUGCAAUAAAAAGCUCCUCAAAGAUCCGGAAUAUUUCGAGCAGAUGAGACAGCGCUAUUUGAAGAUGCGGGCCGAGUAUCGACGCACCGGAGUGGAACAAAAGAUUGUGCGGACCGAGUCCUGA